GUUCCCAGCUGCGCUGCGUGCCCACCUCCGCGGCGCCAGCGGGCGGGAGCUGCGGCAGGAACUGCGCGCCUCCCGUGGCCCGGACCACGAGGCCCACGAGGUGCCAGAGGUUGGAGGCGUGACGGAGGCCGAGAUCGCGGAGGUUCUGAAUCGACCAUCUGGACUCUCAGCUCCGCUUUUCGUGUUGCACCGUAUUGCAGCAAUAACAGCGCAGCUGAACCUGGCAGAGCCAGAUCGAGUGGCAAUGGAAAGCUCGCUGUCAAAGCUCUCCAACAUGGUCGGCUCUUGUGAGGCCCUUCGUGUCCCACCGAUGCCUAUGAGCUAUGCGACGCACACUUCCAGCUUCCAGGUGCUGUACCUGGUGCUUCUUCCCCUCGCACUGCAGCAGCUGGGU